GGCAGAGCGGCGCGGGCGGGCGGAGGCUCGCGCCGGCCGCAGCAGCUCCCGGUGGCCGCCGCCCGUGGGGCACGUGCGGCUGCAGCCGUGCGCCGAGCUCCCGCCCCGAGGCUGCUUUGUUGCCUCCGGGCCGCCGGCACCAUGCACACCGCGGGCUCCGGGGGCGCGGGCGACGCGCGUGCGGUGGACAUCAUGGACAUCUGUGAGUCAAUCCUGGAGAGGAAGAGGCAUGAUAGCGAAAGGUCUACAUGCAGCAUCUUGGAGCAGAAUGACAUUGAAGCAGUUGAGGCUCUUGUUUGCAUGAGCUCCUGGGGUCAAAGAUCCCAGAAAGGUGACCUAUUAAAGAUAAGACCCCUCACACCUGUUUCUGACCCUGGGGAUGUCACCACCACUGUGCAUGUGGACGCAGCCGCCCAUGAGCUACCAAAGGACUUCGACUCUUUAUCAACUCUGUGCAUGACUCCUCCUCAGAGCCCUGAUCUUGUGGAGCCAUUGACAGGGACACUUGUUCCUGCCCAAGUAACUGAUUCCAAAGCACGCAUGGUCACGUCCGUCCCCCCAGCCUCCGCUGAGGCAGGCGAAGUGCCAAGCAGGAAAGUGGAGAGGGGCCUUCCUGGUUUGAAGCCAGGGCCACAGGAACCAGCCCCUGGCCCUUCCUGCAGGCCCAUGGUGACGAGUGUCAUCCGCCAUACUGGAGGGAGUCCUGCUCUUGGCCACAUUCCUGCUGCCCACAUUCAAGAAUGCCAACUUUCUGUCGACCGAGAAGGAGAAGCACAGUUGUUGGGACAUACCACAGCUCUGCUGGACACACAACUCACAGACAAUCUGCUGAACACUAACCCGGUGUCGUGUCAGCCUUGCUUGCACAAGUCUGGUGGCCUGCUGCUCGCUGACAGAGGCCAGCAGGCAGGAUGGCCUGUUGCAAUUCAAACCUGCUCACCAAAGAAGUAUGAAAGUGACUUGCCAAGGAAAGCCACCCCUCUGAUUUCUGUCCCUGUCUCUGGUUCCCCUGUCUUCUGCCAAAUGAUCCCUGUGACCGGACAGAGUGGCAUGUUACCGGCUUUUUUGAAGCCUCCUCCCCAGGUGUCUGCAGGGACCGUCAAACCCAUCCUGCCCCAUGCUGCUCCAGUGCCCUCGCCUGUGUUCGUGGGACCCCCUGUGCCUCAGGGAGCUGUGAUGCUGGUUCUGCCCCAGGUGGCCCUCCCCCAGCCUGCCACCUCUUCAUCCAGUGUAGUGGCUGUGGGGAGCCCCAGGUUCUUGCCCCUUGCCCCUGCUCCAGUGUUCAUCACCUCCGGUCAAAACUGUGCCCCUCAGGUAGACUUUUCCCGACGGAGAAAUUACAUUUGCAACUUCCCAGGCUGCCGGAAAACCUACUUCAAAAGUUCCCACCUCAAGGCCCAUCUUCGCACCCACACAGGAGAGAAGCCUUUUAAUUGCAACUGGGAUGGCUGUGAUAAAAAAUUUGCUCGUUCCGACGAACUCUCUCGCCACCGAAGAACUCACACUGGGGAGAAGAAGUUUGUGUGUCCGGUGUGUGAUCGGCGUUUCAUGCGCAGUGACCACCUGACAAAGCAUGCCCGGCGCCACAUGACUACCAAGAAGAUCCCGGGCUGGCAGGCAGAGGUUGGCAAGCUGAACAGAAUUGCCUCAGCAGAGAAACCUGGGAGCCCCCCAGUAAGCACGCCAGCCUCUGUGUGAAAGAGACCGCAGCCCCGGGGUCCAGGAAGCCACUGAGAUUGCUUGCGUUGGGCGGCUUUGGGAAUCCAGGCAGCACAGCUCAUGCAAGGAACGUAGGAAUGUUGCACUGCUUUGUGAGCCUGGGAACGGGUUUUUAUUGUAUAUGUAUUUAGAUUUUGUCUUUGUGUCUUAGUUGUUGACGUUUAUUUUUAUUAAAAUAAUGGUGAGGUUGAAAUAUGGAAUAAAUACAAUUAGGUUUUAUGGUAACCAUCACCUGGUCAGUCACUGUGUUGCUUGAUAUCCAGGAAGUUGCACCAGCUCCUAAUCGACAUACGUGUCUGAGUGCUGGCUCUGUGUUUAGAUGGCUUUAAUAUUUUUGGACACUUCGUAGUUGAGUUUCCCCUGCAGGUCAUGGGAUGAUACAGUUGCAAGAGAACAGUGAUUAAAUGUAUAUAGCUCACAUUCUCCACCGCCCAGUAUUUUCUCCCACUUAUACCUGAAAUCAGUGUAAACAUUUCUGACUAUGUAUAUGCUGUUGAAUGGCAUUAAAUUUGGAUAUUUUUCUUAAUUAUGCAAAAUAUUGGAGGUCCGACUAAUGUUCUGGUGGAUAAUACAAGGUCUUUGAAUACUGGAUUACUUGUCACAUUAAACUUCAUUCUCUGAGCGUGGUGUUUCUAAAGAAUAGAUGUGUUAAAAAUGGUUUUGAUUUACGCUUCCAUUUCCUGAUUAGAUGUAGAAAUACCUUCUGUAAACGACUCCCAUUUGUUGAUUGAAAGACCGUAAAUUGGGAGAGUUUCCAUCUGAAAAAUACUGUCCUGGGCACCAGAAGCCUGGUGUGAUCUCAGCACGGAGGCCCUCCGCCUGCGGCUCUGGGGUUCAGGAGCAGGGCGCGUGUGGCAGCCUCCCCCGGUGCACUUUAUUGCCUGAUCUUUUUUGACUUUGAGCCUUUUUAGUUAGUUUCAGUGAUAAAAUUUAAGACGUUUUGGAAUUACGUUUUAUGUAACAGACUUUGACUUAUUAUUUAAAUAUGUGUGAUGUAAUUUUUUUCUUUGAAUCCCAUAAACCUUUUUUGAUUUGCAAACCGGACUCGUGUCCUGUGUCAUUCAGCUGCACCGGAAUGUACCCGGUUUCUUCUCAGAAAAGAGUUGGGCUCUCCUUAACCCUCCUCUCUGUUUCCUGGGGUUGUGCUCAGCUCCUGGGGCUCCCUUUAGAUUCCUUGGAGGGUUCUUUAUGAAAGAUAUGUGCAAGGAGGCUGCCUCUGUGUGACCCCUCUCACGCCAGUCCGGUUGUCACAGGAUGGGACU